AUGUCUCACCUAUUAUUGCUCGUCUUUCUUGCUUUAAAGUACCAGACCGAAGCUUUUAAUAUUUCACCUCAUGCAAAUCGGGUGAUAAACUUUCCAAAGCAUCUAAAAACCCACUUAAACCAAACGAGAAGCUCCUAUUUUGGAUUCUCGCUCGUCAUUCGGCCCACCAGCAUCUUUGUGGGCGCUCCUCGGGCCCAAACCACCUUGGAUUCGCAGAGGACGAUCGACGAGACUGGGGCGAUAUUCAGGUGCCCCCUGGAAAACGGAGAUUGCUUUCCGUACGUCCUGGACCCCCGAGGAAGUGUUGAUGGGACCUACGACAUCAGGAUCCUUCACUCGAAGCGCAAGGACUACCAGUGGCUGGGCGGAUCAAUGGACGGAGGUCCUUGGGACACGGAUAAGCUCCUCGUAUGUGCCCCCCGAUGCUACAACCCCCAGGACAUGAAUGGCCGUAUGCACGGAGUUUGCUACUGGGUGGAGGACACCAUGACCGAGCAGCCAGCUCCAAAAAGAGUAUAUACUAUCUGGCCACUCCACAUGGUAAACAAGCAGUUGAACCACGACAACAGUAGCUAUUUCUACAUGGGAGAAGUGGGACUCAGUGCCCACGUGACAGAUAAUAAUUCCCGGUUCCUGAUUGGUGCUCCAGGCAUAGACAAUUGGAAAGGUGGGGUGAUCCUUCACCAGCGAAAGAGGAAAUCCAUCCGUCGCAUAAUGCGAGAAAUAAAUCCGGAGGACUAUGAACCACUGAUCCUUGAAUCCGGUCCUUGGGGAGCGCAGCGCGAUUCGUACUUUGGCUAUGCCGUAAGCUCCGGAUAUUUUAGCAUCGGCAACCGGUCCACCCUCCUAUAUGUGGCCACUGCUCCCCAAGCCAACCACAGUUACGGAGAGGCCUAUAUCUUUGAUGUGUCGAGGAAAAACAUGCGUAAGCUCCAUGUGUUCAAGGGGAAGCAGUUAGGCGAAUACUUUGGCUACUCUGUUCUGGUGGAGGAUCUCAAUGGCGACGGAUUGGCCGACGUCGUCAUAUCGGCCCCUUUGCACGCUCGGGGGGAUUCCUAUGACAAUGGUGCAAUCUAUGUGUUUAUCAACAAAGGCUUGUUCAACUUCGAGCGGAAGAUUAUUUGGUCCCCAGCUGGCAGUAAGGGCCGUUUUGGAACCACUCUUUCGCGACUGGGCGACAUUAAUCACGACGGAUACAAUGACGUAGCAGUUGGAGCUCCCUUUGAAGGAAACGGAGUGGUUUUCAUCUACCUGGGCAGCGAACACGGUUUGCGGGAACAGCCGAGUCAGCGACUGGAUGCCCCUUCCCAGCAACCUUCAGAGUACGGUUCAUAUAUGUUCGGGCACGGUCUCUCCCGGGGAUCGGACAUAGAUGGGAAUGGAUUCAACGACCUGGCCAUCGGAGCCCCCAAUGCCGAGGUCUUGUAUCUUUACCGCACCUAUCCGGUGGUCAAAAUACAGGCCACAGUAAAGUCGGAAUCGCGAGAGAUCAAACCGGAUCAGGAUAAGGUUAAUAUCUUCGCCUGCUACCGACUGACAACCACAGCCAAGGCAAAGGCGGUGGAGCAGCAGGAGCUGAAUAUCCGUAUAACCAUAGACAAGAUGCUGGAGAGGGUUAAAUUCAUAGAGAGCCAGGGCAAUGAGAUAAGCUUCAAGGUGCUGGCAGGUCUCCAGGAGCAGUGCCGGGUCUUCGAGGUCAAUGUGCGGUACAGUGAAGAGAAUCUAUUCAAGCCCAUCGAUCUGGAAAUCUUUUAUGAACUUUCACAGAAGGUGCAAAACUUGGAGGAAUUCUGUAAAACCUGUGCGGUUGUCGAUCCAUCGGAGCCCAAAUCUUACACGGAGAAGAUCAGCUUUAUAACAGGUUGUGCCACUAAUGUCUGUGUCCCUGAUCUGCAGUUGAGGAGCAAGGAUGUUGUUCAUAGCUAUACUUUGGGCACCACAGACACCCUUCGUCUGAAUUACGAAGUCAUUAACCACGGAGAGACUGCCUACCUGCCCCAACUCAAAGUUACCAGCACCUUCCGCCUGCCCUUCGCUAAGGUUCCUGGAAACUGCAGGGUCAGGAAAGGGGUAAUGCUGUGUGAUCUGAAUGACGGACGACCUCUGGCCAAUGGUGACAGCGAUUCCCUCGCCAUCACGUUUGAUGUGAGCCAACUCAGUGGAGAUUUACUGACCAUCGAUGCAGCUGUUUUCAGCACGGGAGUCGACAAGAACUUCACGGACAACGAGGAGACCAACGAGAUCAUCUUAAGGGAGUUUACUGAGAUCGAUGCCAGUGGUGGUCCAGCAGACGGUCAAGUUGUUCUUAGCAAAUAUCCUUACUCCGCGGAAAUCAUAAAUAAUUACGAGAUCAAAAGCCAUGGACCCAGUACUAUACAAGAGCUAACACUAUUAUUUUUUAUACCCAUAUCUUUUAAUAUGGGUGGAGUAGAGAAACCCCUCUUUAACAUUUCCAGUCUUAAGAUGCAGGCCUCAUACGAAACCCGUUUGUUGCCCAUUAAGCUCUACGAUGUGAAUAAUACCCUGCUCACUGAGUACCCUUUGGAGGAAUCUUCUCAGGACCAUGAGAAUAAUGAGCUAACCACCACUUCCACGACUCGAAAGCGUAGGGAUCUCGAAGGACUGACCUUAGAUCAAGACAUCGAGAUCAACGACAAGGAUAAUCUUCCGAAAAAUCGCACUCUUGUGCUCAACUGCCGGGAUACCAACAAGACGAUCUGCGUCCGGUCAGAGAUGCGCUUCCGAUUUAGGCCAGAAAAGCCUGUUAACGUGAAUUUAAGCUUUAAAGUGGAUCUGAACUAUAUCCUGGAUCCAUUUGAGUACUUUGUCAUUCUGACCGAUCUUAAGUUUGUCAAACAGGGCGAUCCCGAAUCGAGUUCGUUUGUGAUUAAGCGAAAGAUCCAACCAAAUGUGAUAUACAAGAAUCUGGAUAAUGGAUUACCCAUCUGGUACAUAAUCUUAGCCGUAAUCGGUGGAUUGCUUCUGUUUGCUUUAAUAACCUAUGGUCUUCGCAAGCUUGGAUUCUUCAAACGAUUCAAGAGGGAAGAACUAAAAAGGCUGGUGGAGGAGAAGAACCUUAAAGAGGAAGACUCGCCACAGGAUCAGGACGAUCAACUAGAGGACAUCCAAAACGAUUUUAAUUAA